AUGGAAUUUCGUUCUUUAGUUCACUGUCUCUUCUGCUUUUCUCUCAUCCUCUUUCUCCCUUUCGCAUCCUCCUCUUCUUUCCCCGAUCGUUACCUCAAGUCCAUACCCCCAUCGCUCCGUCUGAAUGCAUCGGACGAGUACAUCGAGCUGACAAAACCUCUCCCAUCCGAUGAGCUCACUCCUUCCUGCUCUCUUCUGCUUCUCCAAGAGGAUUUUGGCCACACCAUCGGAUUACCUCCGGUCUCCGUCCCCUACUCACCGCCCCCCGAUUGUUCAGGCCCCUGGACCCAUGUCGUUCUCGAAUUCCUCGCCUCCUGCCAGGGAGAGCAGUACGACCGGAUCGUCGGCGUCUGGCUCGAUGGAGUCGAAAUUCUCCGGACCAGCACCGCGGAGCCUACGGAAUCUGGAAUCUUCUGGAAGGUUCGGAAGGAUGUCACCAGGUACUCCUCCCUUUUCUCGCAGUCCAAUCUCACCCUCUCGGUGAUGCUCGAAAACGUCGUCAACGACGUCUUUACUGGCAUUUACCACGUUAAUAUCUCUCUUCUAUAUUACGGAGAGAACAAAAUUGCGAUUUCGCCUUUAUUAGAAGAUCAGAAAUAUAACAGGAAACUAGGAUUUGCAAUUCAACCCAUUAGGAACAAUCUGGAGAGAAUUAUGUUGCCAUAUGAUUAUGAAGCGAAGAAAUUGGGGUUUAUAUCUAAAGAUCCUAGUGGUAAAAAGUGGGGCCUGCAAGAAUCACAGCUUUCUGACGAAAAACCCGCAGACUUGAUAAUCCCAGUUUCAGGUGAUGGCGAUGAUGGUUUCUGGUUCCGAAUUCAGAACGAGGCUGAUGUGCACUCUACAGAAAUUCAGAUUCCCCUCAACACCUAUAGGGCUGUUUUGGAAAUAUACGUGUCAUUCCAUGGAAACGAUGAAUUCUGGUACUCGAAUCCUCCCGAUUCUUACAUCAAACUGAACAACUUGACCACCGGGCGAGGAAAUGGAGCUUUCCGUCAAGUGUUUGUGACAAUAGAUGGUGUUUUUGUUGGAUCGGAGGUGCCUUUUCCAGUUAUAUUCACGGGAGGAAUCAACCCAUUGUUCUGGGAACCUGUUGUGGCAAUCGGAGCAUUCAAUCUUCCGUCCUACGAUCUUGACUUGACUCCCUUUCUUGGCCUUCUCCUAGAUGGAAAUAGCCAUUCCUUCGGGCUGGGAGUGACAGACGGAAUUCCGUUUUGGCUUGUCGAUGCUAAUUUGCACCUUUGGCUAGAUCCCGGAACGUCUGUUGUCCAGGCAAAAUCUGUUCGUUAUCAUGUUCCCCCUCUAUCAGUGGAACGGCAUUCGAAAUUUAAACAACUUGAUGGAUUGUUCAAGAUAGAGGUAGAGAGAAAGAUGAAGUUCUCCGGAUGGGUAAAUGGGAGUGCAGGGAACUUCACCACCCACGUCACAAAGGAAAUGGAGUUCAAGAACUCGAUAAAGUUCAAGAAGAAUGGAAUGUCGAAGGAGGUUAAACAGAAAAUCAAGGCGAAGACAGAAGUGAGAGUGGAGUCUGAUGCACAGGAAUUGCUCGCUCGAACAAUCUUCAAAAGGAAAUACCCUCUCGAAAUCACAACGUCGACUCUACCCGGACCAGAUGACAAUACGUCUUUAUCCAUUACCAACAUUUCCCAUUCCUUGAAUGACAUAUCUUCUCGGGGGAACUUUUCGACCUCUGUUUCCAAUAGUCAAGAAUCCGGUGGGUGGAUGGUGGUGCAGGAUCACUCUGUUCUCUCUGGUUCUGCCAAUACACGUCAAACUCUAACUUACAUAGAUGACUACGGUUGCUUCUCCAGAACGGUUGCAGCAAGCAAUGGUAAGCUUUUGGAAGAUAAUUCAACUGCUGCUUGUGCUCAGCCCUUGUAA